AGAGCGAGGAGAAAGCGAGGAGAGCGAGAGGAGCAGAGGAGAAAGCGAGAGAGAAAGCGAGGAGAAAGCGAGGAAGCGAGGAGAAAGCGAGGAGGAAAGCGAGAGAAGCGAGGAAAGCGAGAAAGCGAGGAAAGCGAGAGAAAGAGAGAGCGAGGAGAGCGAGAGAGAGCGAGGAGAGAGAGGAGAGCGAGGAGA